UGAACUAUCCUGGGUUAGUUAUAAUUAUCUUCAGUACACUUGAAGACAGUUACAUAAACAACAUUUCCCAUGAUAUUGAAACUGAGAAGAGAUAUUGACAUCUAAUGAUACGGAAACAAUGAAAGCAUUGAUAAAAUGCAGUGCAUGUCAGCGUUUGCCAAGAUUUGGUCAGCUAUCACGAGAUCCACCAGCAUGAGAAACCGGAAGGGAAUGGCUAACUAAAAAACGAUGAUGCGAGUACAAUAAAAGGGACGAUAUUGAAACUAGUGGUGUGCCAAAUCACAGAUUAUAGUUUUUUUUUUUUCUUCUUGUGAAUACGAUUUUUACUCAAUUCCGUAUGUUACCGACAUGGCAAAAACUCCGUGGAUUAUUAUUUUAUCAGUCAUUCUCCGGUCAUCUCAGGUGAUCUGUCAAGAGGCAAUCUUGCACAUCUCAAAUGGAGCCACAGAUAAAGAAUACUGCCUGGUCUACAACUCCGUAUGGACCAACCUGUCACUCUCACUCAGCGCUGCUACUGCGUAUCCCCUGGUGAACUUGUCGUCCAGGCUACUGUGUAGCUCUGAAGGGGUGAGCCCAGCCAUAGUGAGAGGCAAGGCGGUGGUGGUCAUGAGAGGGGGGUGUAACUUCAGCCAGAAGGCUGAGAUAGCCCAAGACCUGGGGGCUGCCGCUCUGAUCGUUGCCAGCACUAAACCUAUGAGUCCCCCGGGAGCCAAUGUGACAGAGUAUGAGAAGGUCCAGAUUCCGCUGGCUCUGAUGAGAUACAUGGACUUCCUGGAUGCACAGAAUGUGUUUGGUGAGGAGAUGCAGGUUAGGCUGUAUGCCCCGGCGGUGCCUGUGCUUGAUGCCAGCAUUGUGGUCAUGCUUCUCAUAGGAGUGGUGACUGUUGCUCUGGGAGGCUACUGGAGCGGAGCCUGUGAGAGAGAGAGGCUGAGUGCGUCUCGAGGAGGAGGAGGAGAGGAGAAGAGUGACAGUGGGGACUUGGCUCUGUACUCUCCCCUAAAGGUGGUCAUUUUUGUAGGUCUGAUGUGUCUGAUGCUGGUACUCAUGUACUUCUUCUACAAGUACCUGGUGUAUGUGAUCAUCGCCAUAUUCUGCUUAGCCUCAGCCACCGCCCUCUUCAGCUGUCUGGACGCCCUGUUGGACCUGGCCAAGUGUAGCCCCAUGAGUGUGACGGUCCUGGGUGGGAGUGUAUCUGUGAGGUCGGUGCUGCUGUCUGCUGUGUGUGUCACUGUAGCCGUGGUCUGGGGAGUCUACAGGAACGAGGACAGGUGGAUCUGGAUCCUGCAGGACCUCCUGGGUGUGGCCUUCUGUCUCAACUUCCUGAAGACCAUCUCACUGUCCAACUUCAAGAUCUGUGUGAUCCUGUUGAGUCUGCUGCUGUUGUAUGAUGUGUUCUUUGUCUUCAUCACUCCUCUGUUCAUGCCGAAUGGAGAGAGCAUCAUGGUCCAAGUGGCCCUGGGUCCAGAUGCAGCAGGAGAGAAGCUCCCGGUAGUGAUGCGUGUUCCACGGUUCUCUGCGUGGACACAGAACCUGUGUGGCAUGCAGUUCUCCAUCCUGGGCUAUGGGGACAUCAUCGUACCAGGUCUUCUUGUGGCCUAUUGCAGCAGGUUUGAUGUGUGGGUCAACAGCCCCAAGAAGAUCUACCUUUUCUGCUGCUGCAUAGCCUAUCUGUGUGGUAUGGUUUUGACGUUUGCGGUGAUGUUGGUGACUAAGAUGGGGCAGCCAGCCCUGCUCUACCUGGUUCCAUUCACCCUGCUAGGAUCUGCACUGUUGGCCUGGAGGAGAGGGGAGAUGAGGCAGUUCUGGAACGGGACCACAUACGAGGUGUUGGACUCCACCAGGGAACCCUUACUGCCAGAUGGAACACCAGACUCUGGCAGCGGAGGAAGAAAGUGCUGACUACAGCUGAUCUAUGAGCCAACUAACAAACCAAUCGCAGGGGCUCUUUUCUACUCUUCAAAUCAAGCAUCUAGUUUAUCAUCCAUGGAAUGCAAGGGAAAUACUAUAGCUAGUCUAUCAAUCAAUAAGGAUUUAUACUGGGGAGGGGUAAGGGGUUAGGGGUAUGGGUUGUACAGUGUGGGUCUCUGUUGAUUGGACAGUGAGACAGUUUAAUUUGAGAAGCUUACUAGUGGCUAAGAAUGCAGUGGCUAGCUAGUGGCUAUAAUAUUAAAAUGAUGCCUAAACUGUGUUGCCUUGGUAAACGAUGCAAGUGAUUUAUUGAGAAAGCACUUUAAUACUCAUGUUGGCAGGUAUUGGGGGAUUUUAAAUUUAAAGUUAGACUGUAGGUGAAGAUAGAUUAUUUUUUUUGUUUUCUUCAAUAACAGCUGUUCUGGGGUUUUCUGUAUAACUUGUUUGUUUUAUUGAGAAACACAAUCUUUGAUUGCUUUUGUUGCCUUAAAUUAGUCCAAUCUGAUUUGA